AUGGUUCGUGAAGAUCUCUUCUUAUGGCCUAAUGGCCGUGGGCGACGUCUACUCUCCCGGUACGCGGCUCUUGUUAUCCUAGCUGCCGGCCGCCUGUCCGAUUAUCUUAUGUGCAUACUGCAGUUCCAACACCGUACGAUGCUCGGAAACGAUGGACAAUUUUAUCUCCUAUUCGAGACAGCUACCUCCAAUAUUCUCCGAGACUCGUCCGUCGCCGUCAGGCAAUAG